AUGUCCACAACUGAGCUACUGCUGAUCGGAGUUUUACUUGUGGGAGGCGUGUGUGGAAGGCUUAACUCCCGCCAGCCAAGUGGAUAUACUCCACAUCGAAUUGUCGGAGGAGCUGAUGUUCCAGCUGGUGAACAUAUACCCUAUCAGGUUUCCCUGCAGUACAAAACCCGCGGAGGUCAAAUGCACUUCUGUGGUGGAUCCAUCAUUGCUCCAAAUAGGGUUCUAACUGCAGCUCACUGUUGCCAAGGUCUAAAUGCAAGUCGCAUGUCAGUGGUGGCUGGAAUUAGGGGUUUGAACGAGAAGGGGUCCCGUUCCCAGGUGCUGUCGUACAGCAUCCAUCCCAAGUACAAGGAACUGGUGACCAGUGAUCUUGCCGUGCUGUCGAUUGACCCUGCACUAAAGUUAAACAAUGGCACCAUAAGCUCCAUUGAGUAUAAAUCCCAGAAAAAGGAGUUUGUGGGUGGCGGAGUUCCCGUGACAUUGACGGGAUGGGGUCUUCGUCUGCCAGUGCCCUUUCCUUUCCUCGAUGAGGUUAACUAUCCGAACGUUCUUCAGCGAAUGAGUUACCACACCAUUUCGAACCGGGAGUGUAGAGAUGCCGGAAUGGAAAGCGUUACGGAAACGGAAAUCUGUGCCAGAGGACCUUUCAGGGGAGCCUGUUCAGGCGAUUCUGGUGGACCUCUGGUAAUGCAAACUAAGCAAGGACUAAGACAAGUGGGCAUUGUAUCCUACGGACUGGUGGUUUGUGGUCUGUACCUCUCCCCGGAUGUCUAUACACGGGUUUCUACCUUCAGUGAGUGGAUAGGAGAGCAAAUGGAAUAGCAAGGGCUGUGGACUUAAGCCCUUCCAGAUCUAUUUACUCACUUGCUGGCAAAAUCAAUUUAACAACUAAGAGAUAACUAAUAAA